AUGUCGUCAUCAUCAUAUAACACAAGCGUUGCUCCUUCAUCAUCAUCCUCUGCUCAGCCUUUCUUCAUCACCGGAUCUGGCGCCGGAGAUAACGAGUUUGACCGGAAAGAUACUUUCAUUUCAAUGAUUCAACAACCUAACUCCUCAGCUCCACCAGUCAAGAAACGAAGAAACCAACCUGGAAACCCAAGCAAUUUAAUUGAUCAAACAGAUCCUGAUGCGGAAGUAGUGGCGUUAUCUCCAAAGACACUAAUGGCUACAAACAGAUUCGUAUGCGAUGUGUGCAACAAAGGGUUUCAGAGAGAACAAAAUCUACAGCUUCACCGUAGAGGACACAAUCUUCCAUGGAAACUUAAGCAGAAAUCGACCAAAGAAGUGAAGAGGAAAGUGUAUCUUUGUCCGGAGCCCACGUGCGUCCACCAUGAACCGUCACGUGCUCUCGGAGACCUCACCGGAAUCAAGAAGCAUUAUUACCGUAAACACGGUGAAAAGAAGUGGAAAUGCGAGAAAUGUUCUAAGCGUUACGCUGUUCAAUCGGAUUGGAAAGCUCAUUCAAAGACUUGUGGUACAAAGGAGUAUCGAUGCGACUGUGGUACCAUCUUUUCUAGACGCGAUAGUUACAUUACGCAUAGGGCUUUCUGUGAUGCAUUGAUACAAGAGACUGCUAGGAACCCUACCGUGAGCUUCACGUCAAUGGCAGCUUCUAGCAGCGGUGCCGGCUCUGGUGGAUUUUACGGAAGACUCGGCGGUGGUGGCGCUCUCUCACACCACCAUCCGAAUUCUGGAUUUACACCUCUCGCGGGUUACAAUCUGAACAUUGCAUCGUCCGAAAACAGCCGAGACUUUGUUCCACAAUCGUCAAACCCUAAUUUCUUAAUCCAAUGCCCGUCGAGCCAAGGAAUGUUGACUGCGCCGCAAAACAAUGAUCAGAGUUUCAUAAACCAACACGGUCUGAUCCAGUUUGAUCCUGUCGACAACAUCAACCUGAAGAGUAGCAACACCAACAACAGCUUCUUCAACCUCGGAUUCUUUCAAGAAAACACCAAGAACUCGGACACGAGUCUUCCUUCUCUAUAUAGCACCGACGUUCUUGUUCAUCAUCGUGAAGAAAACUUGAACGCGGGAUCUAACGUUUCAGCCACGGCACUGCUUCAAAAAGCUACUCAGAUGGGUUCAAUGACAAGCAACGAUCCUUCUGCUUUGUACAGAGGCUUAGCUUCUUCGUCUAAUUCGUCUAGUGUGGUUGUUAAUGACUUUGGAGGAGGCCAUGUUAUGGGGAGCGAUAAUAACGGUAACCUUCAAGGUCUAAUGAACUCACUAGCGGCUGUAAAUGGCGGUGGCGCCGGCGGCUCCGGUGGCAAUAUCUUCGACGUUCAUUUUGGAAACAAUGGAAAUAUGCGUGGCUCGGAUAAGUUAACGUUAGAUUUUCUUGGAGUCGGAGGAAUGGUGAGAAAUGUAAAUCGCGGUGGUGGUGGUCGAGGCGGUGGUCGUGGUGACGCUUCUUUGGAUGGUGAAGUGAAGUUUCCGGAGCAAAGCCAUCCAUUUGGAAGACCUUGA